AAAAGAAAAAGAGAGCUGAAGCGAUGGAUCCGCAGCAAAGGGAAGUUUCACUUCUUCAGGCAAAAGCUCAGGAGUUGACUAUUGCAACUGAAGCAUCUCAGCCUUGUGAUGAAGAGAAAAAGAGAGCUGAAAAAGCGAUGGAUCCACAACAAAGGGAAGUUUCACAGCCUGUCACCAUAAAGGAAGAUUUGGACAUAUUUAUGCGGCUGCAUUGUGAGUUUUUAGGACUCCACACUAGAAGAAUGGGGGCGGCUCGGGGUGAAGCAAAAGUUUUAUAUAAGAAAGGCUUGCAAAACAUGAGAGAGACUGCCAAUACUAUCGUAAAAAGGGCUUCAGAAGAUUUUAAAGAAGAUGAGAAGAAACUUGAGACUGUGGAAAUGAUAAAGACUCGGAUAAGAAAUCUCAGGAAAGAAAUCAAGAAACUCAAGACAUGAACGGUGAUCUCAAGAAUGAAAUUGAAGAGGCUAAGAUCAACUCUUGAUACCGUCAAUUGCUCUAAGUCUUGUUCUGUUCGAAACUAUCUUUUUGGGAUUUUGUUUGUUUAUAAAAAAGACUUGCUCUGUUUUGGGCUUUUUGGUGU